CGAAUGCGGCUGUCACUCGUGCGGCCUCUGCUGCAAUCUCGUUCUAGCGUUUUCCUCUCGCAACACAAAACAUGGCUUCAAUUUUGCGGUCCAGCAAAUUUGUGCGGUACUUUGCCGGCUUCGCUCGAAAUAUCGUAUUCAGCACCGCUCGCGACACCGAGGGUAGUUUCGUUCAGCAGUCGCAAUGUUUGUGCGGCAAUUCCUUCAGUGGCUUUGCUUCAUCGGCGGUGAGCUCGAGUCAGGGACUGGAUCGGUCACUGAAACGUCUCGACGAUGACGUGCGUCGUUCCGGGCGAAUUUCCCGGCGUGAUCUCGAGGAUGUUUUGGAGGAAAUACGAAUAAAUCGCUCCGCGACAAGCGCUCAGUCUCUGCUGGUGAUCCGCUGCUGUGGUAAUCUAGUGCCGGAGGAAUUACCAGAGGUGAGAACUGCAUUGGUUCAGGAAAUUUGGAAAACGCUGCAAAGUCUGAAUGUAGCGAUGGAUAUCUCCCAUUACAAUGCGCUGCUGCGAGUUUACUUAGAUAACGAACAUUCGUUUUCUCCAACGGAAUUCUUGACUGAUCUCAAAUCGAAAGGGGUGGAACCCAAUCGGGUUACAUAUCAGAGACUUAUUUCGAGGUAUUGUCAAGAGGGUGACAUUGAGGGAGCAACGAAAAUCCUCGAAUACAUGAGGGAGAAACAGCUCCCCGUCAAUGAGUACGUGUUUAAUGCACUCGUCAUGGGACAUUCUCAGGCAGACGAUCUCGAGUCGGCUACGGGAAUCCUUGCCGUCAUGGCUCAGGCGGGACUGCAACCUUCGGCCGAUACUUACACAACGCUCCUUUGCGGCUAUGCCCGGAAGGGUGAUAUCGAUUUCAUCAGCAAGACGUUGGAAACGUGCGAAGCGAAAGAAAUCUAUUUGCUCGACAAGGAUAUUUUGGAAAUUAUAUACUAUCUUUCCGUUAAUGGCUAUUCGGAUAAAGUCGAUCCUUUGAUUGCCAAAAUUCGCAAACAAGCGGGUUACAAUCAAGAUGCCGUGAAUGUGAUUUUGAGGCUCAUCAAUAAAGGUCAGGAAGACGUUGGACUGAAGCUGCUGAAGACAAUGCCAAGGGCAACCCGGAAUGAUGGUGAGUUGGCCAACACGGGAGGUUUUCUCAUCAAGCAAUUGGUGAAGGCGAAGAGACCUGUCGAGAAAGUGCUCGAAAUUUGCGGUGAGCUUCAGAGCGCAGGAAUGAAUAGCAAUGCUUUUUCGCUCGCAUUGGAGACGGCACUAAAGAAUGGUAUCUCAAAUUUGGCCUAUCCAUUGCUGAAGACUUUGAAUGAGCAGAAUCUUCCGGUGAGACAGCACUACUUCUGGCCGCUUUUGUGCUCGAAUGAAUUGAAUCGUCCGGAAGGUGUUCUAAACGUUCUGAGCGCAAUGUUGAGUGAAUUUGAUAUGCAUCCUAGCAGCGAAACAAUUCGUGAAUAUGCUAUACCGAAUUUAGGUGUUAAGAACAGUGAGGAGGUAAUCCAGUUGCUGAGAACUGCAGGAAUUUCUUCCGCUGUCGCAAGCUCGGGAUGCGCAUUUGUUGCGCUAGAGAAGAAUGACAUCAAAGAAGCGGCGAACAUUGCCUCUCGGUAUAAGGCGUUUUAUUCGCCGGGAGUAUUCCGUAAAGUGCUGGUUUCAGCGUUGGUCCACACCAAAGAUUUCGAGUCGUAUAUUCGCUUCUCCCGCUUUAUGUACGAUAAUCUGGUGCGAGUCAAGUCAAGGGAAGAGGUAAGCGAGCAGGCGGAAGAGGAUGACAAUGCCACCCCCAAAUACCAGGCGGAUGUCCUUGGGGCAAUGAUUUACGACGUUUUGGUUUCGUUUCAAAGCAAGCGCACCGAAGCUCUGCACCGGGUGCUGACCGGAUUCGUUAAUCACGGUUUGUCGAUAAGCAAUGCGCAAGCGGAAAAGAUUCAAGACAAACUUGGUGCCGAAAUGACGACGGAGAUUUCGGACCUCCUAAGCAAGUUGGCCGCUGGCGACCUUGAACCGGUUGAACUGGAGUCGGUCGCUCCGAGGGUCAAAGCGUACUCCUCGAGUCUAUCCAUUCCACAAAUUGAACGCUUGAUCCGGGAACUGCAGUCCCGCGGGGAGAACACAAACACGCUGAAGAGCCAGUUGAUUCGUAGCGCAGUUCGCGCAAACGAUAUCCCGAAAACGGAGGAAAUAUUGACACGAUUAGAGGAGGAGAACUAUGUCAUUCAACCCGGGGUUUAUGCCCAAAUAAUCGAACUGUACGUGAACAACGAUAAAUUGGAGCAAGCUUUUGCGUUGAUUCAAAGAGUUAAGACGCAAUCGCCUGAUUUUGAAUUGGAUUAUACAAAGGUGGUGAAGUUCGCAAAUGCCAUUUUAAAUCAGGAUCGGUUUGAGGACACGCUGAAGUUUUUGGCCGAAUACAAGCCAUCUGUUGGUCGCGAUGAGAAUGAGGUCGAUUUCAACUAUAACAGCUCGUGUUGGAGACUGUUGAACGCGUUGGCCGAAGGUGGAAAGGUGGACCAAGUGAACAAACUGUUCGAUCAUUUGCUGGAUCUUGGAUACAUCACCCCACAGAACAUUUUCCUGGGCUCACUGAUAAAGGUCCACUUGGUGAAGGAUGAUGUGCAGAGUGCGAUCGCAGUCUUCGAGGAAAUUUGCCAGAAAUACAGAACCACCCCGUGGAAGUCGGAACUCACCUGUCGCCUGAUUCAAGCGGAAGACGCAACCAACUUACAGCGGUUGACGGAUCUUAGCACUGAAGUUCACGGUGAAGUGAACAGUCUGUACGACCUUGUGUUCGCGUUCGUCGACUGCGGACGCAUUCGGCAAGCGAGAAAAAUUUUGGAAACUCCCGGACUGCGUACACGCUAUCAGCGCAUUCAAAGUGCCUGCGAGCGGUACCAUGUGGAAGGUAAGACACAAAGCCUGGAAGGUUUGAUGGAAGCCACUAAGGAUCUCAACCAUAUCGAUCGUACGGACAUCUACCACACCCUGCUGAAGAGCUACAUCAACGAAAAAGAACCCGAAAAGGCUCUCGGGCUUUGGACGAAAAUGCAGGAGGAAGAUGAAACUCCCUCCGAUGCGUUCCUUAUUGAACUGUCCACCUUCUUGAAAACCAAUGGCUACGAAGUCCCCUUCAUUGUUCCAGAAGCGAAGGCACAAACAGAACCACCGGCAAGAGAUAGAGAAGCCUCGAAAAAUGUCAUAUUUUCUGAACCGAAAAAGCGACCUAUGACAGCGUUGAAGUCAUUGAAAGCGGCCAUCAAGACUGGCGACGCCGACGGCAUUCUAAGCGCCAGAGAUAGCUUGCAAGCGGGCGAUAAGCUCAACCUUACCGAAACGUCUCGCAUCAUUGAGGCGCUUGUCAACAAGGAUCGCUUGAAUGAAGCAUCCAAAAUGGUGAUGGACCUGCUCGAGAAACAGCUGUAUCCGAUGCCUCGUAUUUUCAAAUACUUCCUGAACAAGCUGGCCACAGCAGGGGAUAUGGAAACGUUCAAUCGUAUCGGCGGAAUGGUGUCGGACGAGGUGAAGCGACUGAUUUCGUUCGAUAAUCGUUAUUGUCACGCCAACAUGGUCAGUGGUAACAUCGAGUCGUAUAUGGCAAAGCUAGAGAAAUCGAUCGAUUCAGCGAAAUCAAAAGAAGAGGCUGAACUUGCGAUAAAACAUUUCCCGGUUGGUGGUGCCUCGGGUAUACUUGUGAAUCAUCCCGAGCUUCACGAACGGUAUAGGACUUUGGCCGAACGAUACAUCCAAUGGGACAUUCUCUCUCCAAUGAACGCACUUUGGGCACAUCAUUUCCUGGCAGGAGAAGAUGAGCAGGCGAAACAGAUCUGGGAUAAAUAUUUGAGUAACUGUCCAAGGGUUAUGUUCCAGAGAAUCAUAAAAAAAGCGCGAGAAACUCAGGAUGAUGAGAUUGUUCGUCGAUUGAUUGUGCAGCUGAAGGACUCCAAGAUUUCGGAGAACGGCAUUGGUGUAAUCUACAGCUGUUUGAUUGAUACACUUGUUACCAAAGGUCAAGUGGAGCAAGGCUUAGAAGCACUGAAUGAAGCUCUGAAAUCGAUUUGUUUGGAGAACGUAAAUCGAUCUGCAUUGAAAAGGCUGAAGGAUGGUCUGGUGGCGGCUGGCAAAGAUUUCCCUCAUAAAAUACCGGAUCGGAGCGAGAAAAAAGCACAUGACACCUCGAGUAGCAGUAGCAGUAGCAGCAGUAGUGAUGACGAUGUUGGCAGGACCCGAAAAUAAAGCGAUGUUCGAUGAUUCGAUGAAGUUCUUUAGCUGGCAUUUAGAGCGAGCAUUAUUUGCUUACCAAAAACUGUAUUCUUACUAAAUAUCCAUAAUAUAAUAGAAAUAAAUAUAAUAUCACUUA